CGUUGCGCAUCAUGACGCAAGAUGAUGCGGGGUACCGCGGGUCAGAGGCCAGUGGUCUCCCUGAUGCUGGGGAAAGGGCUCAUCUUGAACAGCAGCACAGUGAGGAGGAGGAGUGGGGCUCCAGUCUGAUGCAGGAGACAGAGAUCACUGCUGCAGAAGGGAAAGAGACACUCAGUGAGCAGCACACAGAGAGCAGACAGAGUGUGGGGGAUCUGGAAACUGUGCCCAUGAUGAAGACAGAGUCUGAGAGUGAGACACCUGGGCCCUUAGUAGCUGAGGGUUUUACAGAGAAGUUUAAUAAUCUGGACUCAAACCUUUUCAAAAACAGUUGUAAUGAACUGGAUAACUUUAAUCCCACAGAGCAUGACAUGGAGCCCCAGUUGAUUGACCCUGCAGAGCUGCAGACUGAUAUACCUGGUGAAGAGAACAGUACUGAGAUACAGCACACAGAGGAGAGUCAGUACAGGCAGGAACAACAGCGACAAGUACAGGGUUUGAUAAUAACAAGACCUUGUUCUGUUAAAGUGGAGCGACUGUCAUUGCAGAGGAGUUUUAAACAGUCAUAUGAUCCCUUAGUAUCUGAUGACUUUACACACAGGUUUAAUAAUCUGGUUACUAAGAAAAUCAUUGAAUUUAAUUAACUGAAGUGUCUGUCUGUUCUUGGACACAGAGACGAACAACUGAAUGAACUGGAUGCUUUUAGUCUUGGAGAGCUGGAGAUGGAUCCCCAGAUGAUUCAGACUUCUGAGCAGCACACUGAGGGACACGAUGGAGAAAACACAGCUCAGUUUCAGCACACAGAGCAAAACCAUUCCAUGGAGCAUUUGCAGAAUAAGAGAACACAGCACAAUGAGAAGGUGAGGAAGAAUCAGUCAAGGUCUUGCUCAGAUGCAGUGGACAAACUGCCAUUAUGGCACAGGAAGGAUGAGCCUUUCUGUCAGUCUUGCAUUUCAAAACCUUACCAGCACCUUCACACAGGAGAGAAACCGUUCAGCUGCAGUCAGUGUGGGAAGAGUUUUAGUCGGUCAAAUUACUUAAAAACCCACCAGCGCAUUCAUACAGCAGAGAAACCAUUCAGCUGCAGUCAGUGUGGAAAGAGUUUUAGUGAAUCAGGCACCUUAAGAGUCCAUGAGCGCAUUCACACAGGAGAAAGACCAUUUGUCUGCAGUCAGUGUGGAAAGAGUUUUAGUCAGUUAAGUAACUUAAGAGCCCACCAGCACAUUCACACAGGAGAGAGACCAUUCAGCUGCAGUCAGUGUGGGAAGAGUUUUAGUAGCUCAAGUAACUUAAGAACCCACCAGCGCACUCACACAGGAGAGAGACCAUUUAGCUGCAGUCAGCGUGGGAAAAGUUUUGUCCAGCCAGGUGACUUAAAAACACCAAUUUAGUCACCAGUUUUUCAUUUAAUCAUAGUCUUAGUCAAGUCACCUAAAAUGUUUAUUAGUUCAAGUAGGUAGCUGAGCGAGCAUGUAACACACAGAAGGCUUCGCAGCCGAAAUAUUGUUUCCUUUGUUCUCUUUUCAGCAUGGAAUAAACCUUUACUUGUUACUAAAAUGUCUAGUAGUCAUAGUAGCUUUGUAGUCACCUACUUUUGAGUCUAGUGAAAUAAAUUUUGAAUAUAAUUACUCUUGUGUUUGACUAAAAUGGAAUUAGUUCCAGUCAUGCAAGUAGUUGACAGGUUGCCCCUUUGGAACACCUGUCAGAUAAUGACGGGAAAGGAAAACAAAAAAAGCUCUUACAUACCACAUGAGAGAUGGGAAUCUGAUUGGAGAAAAGCUACCCUUUCCUUAUCAGAGAGUCAAGCCCUGGUCUCCCACAUGUCAGCUGUGGUACUAACCACUAUACUAACAAGGAGCACUUGCUUGCUGUUAGGAAGCAUUUCCUCGUACAGCUCGUUUUCAAAAUUCAUUUUCAUUCCUUCCAGAGGAGUGCAAGAAAAUAAGUUUCCAUCUGUGCCAUCCCCACUCUUCCUCUGCUGUUGUCACUGCUCCUCCUUGUGCUCUACGAACACCUAUGGAGUUGGUUCUUUCAGAUUUAUUAAUUAGGUUUUCAAAGGCUGGAAGUAGGGCACCAGACACACAGACGCAAAAAGUGUUGUUAUCUCCUUUCAGCUGUGAAAUGUUGUUCGUAGAUGGUGAAGAAUUUAUUUCCAAGGCAGCAGAUCCAAACAAUUUAGCAUUUUAAAAGGACCAGGAAAAGAGAAAGGGCGCUUUUCCUUAUUUGUGGAGCCACACAACACCUUGAGAAGGCUGCUGAAGUUAAUAAUAAUUGCUUACAUUUAUAUAGCGCUUUUCUGGAC